UUAUAUAUUUGAACACAGUGUGGGUGAAAAUGUAUCGGAUCACCGACGUAGCAUCUAACAAAAAUUACAGACACUUUCCGACCUAUCACUAACCUAACUCGCCCUUGAGAGAGAGAGAGAGAGAGAGAGAGAGAGAGAGGGUGGAGGGAAGGAGGGCGUGAACAAAGACGCUGCAAAUUCUCUGGCCAUGCCCUCUGUGACCCAAAGAUUCCGAGGGGCAGUGUCGUGAUUAUUCCCCCCCUCGGUUAAAAGAUAUGAUAUAAAAUCAACGAUGGGCGUUUCUUCUUGUGACGACGUUGUUCAGAUCCAGCUGGGGAAAUUUCCUGGCGAACCCUCCGUCGUCACUAUUAACUGCCCCGACGAAGCUGGACUGGGUUGUGACCUCUGUAGAAUUAUAUUAGAGUUCGGCCUCUGCAUUACCAAAGGAGAUUUUUCGACGGAUGGAAGAUGGUGUUACAUAGUAUUAUGGGUUAUUCCAAAUCCAAGCUCACCCAAUGUUGAUUGGGAAAGAUUAAAAACUCGGCUUCUCUCUGCAUGCCCUUCAUGUCUGUUUUCAUUCUACCUUAAUCUGCAGUCUAGUGGUCCCAGACCCUCUCCAUUGUACCUUUUAAAGUUUUGGUACCUUGAUCAAAAAGGAUUAUUACACGAUGUUACCAAAGUACUUUGUGAGCUUGAACUUGCAAUUCAAAGAGUAAAAGUGAUGCCAACGCCGGAUGGAAAAGUUUUGGACCUCUUCUUCAUAACAGAUUGCUUGGAGCUGUUACACACAAUGAAUAGAAGAGAUGAGAUAUGCGAUCAUCUGAUGGCUGCUUUAGGAAACCAUUGUAUUACGUGUGAGAUUCAGUUGGCAGGGCCUGAAUAUGAAAGUUUACAGGGAUGUUCUCCUCUUCCGCCUGUGAUGGCCGAGGAAUUAUUUGGUUAUGAGCUUUCAGACGAGGAAGCCUGUGUGAAAUCUCUAAACCCAAAUACAAAAGGACAAAAGAAGGCUACUGUUAUGGUAGAUAAUUCAAUGAGCCCUGCUCAUACCCUGCUUCAAAUACAGUGUGUUGAUCAGAAGGGUCUUUUUUAUGACAUUUUGAGAACUUCCAAGGAAUGUAAUCUUCGGAUCGCUUAUGGUAGAUUCUCUUCCAAAGAAAAAGGCUUCUGGAAUAUGGACCUAUUUAUUCAGCAAACGGAUGGAAAAAAGAUUGUUGAUCCUGAGAGUCAAAUCGCAUUAUGUUCUCGUUUGAAGAAGGAGAUGCUUCAUCCAUUGAGAGUAAUUAUCUCUACGGGCCCCGAUACAGAACUCCUGGUUGCUAAUCCAGUUGAGUUAUGUGGAAAGGGAAGGCCCCGAGUUUUCUUUGAUGUUACAUUGGCUCUAAAAAUGAUGGGAAUAUUUAUAUUCUCGGCUGAAAUUGUUAGGCAUUCAACUUCGGUUCGCCAGUGGGAAGUCUACAGAUUUCUUUUGGAUGAAAGUCAUGAGUUUCCCUUAGCAAGCAGUCAAGCUAGAAGUAGGAUUGUCGAGAGAGUUCGAAGAACAUUGAUGGGUUCGUGAGCCAUCCCGUCUGUUACCCUUUUUAAUAACAUUCGCCAUUUAGUAAUCGUUCUUUUCUGCAUUUCUGUCGAAGCCAAAUUUCAAAUUUCUGAAUUUUAGGAGUGUUUGUCCAGUCUGAAAUAAGUAAGAAACGGUUCUGAAAGCGCCGUAAAAUUUCCUUCUUGAAACUUCAGAUUUUAUGUUCCUAGUCUUGUCUUUAUAAACUCACCAAUGUGAAAUGUUGUAUUUUUAUAUUCUUGUUUCUGAUUUGGAAUAUUUCAUUUGAAUAUAUUCUUUGGUCAAAAAAUCA